GAACCCUUGGAGAAGCUCUUACCUUGGGAGGCCGCAGCUGGGAGGCGAACGUGGAGACCGAGUUCACUCCAGGCGGAGGUGGAUGGUGAUGGCCCAAAGACCCACCCCCUCCCCAGGAAGGGGUCUGAUUGGUGGAGGGCUUCGGGGGCGGAGCAGCGCCAGGGGGUAUAUAAAUGCCGGCUGGGGGGCCGGAGUCAUGCUGUAGGUGAUCCCCUAGCUCAGGUAAGGCUGUUUGGAGAAGGGUGGGCUGCUUGUGGGAGCCUAGGUGGAGGUCCCCAGGUUGGCCACAGGGUGGUGCGUGGCAACUUCUGAGCCCCGGAGUUGGCGCCUCUCCCCGUAGCGUGAAAAUUUUGAGGUGACCCCCACUUCACAUGACUCUAAAUGCAAUUAUUGGUCUAAUCACAUUCCCCCCUCUGGGCCUCACUUUCCUCUCCGUGAAGAAGGGGGUUGGUGGUCCUUCCAAGUAUGCUGCUUUGGUGAGGGGGGAGUUGGGGGGCCAGAGGAGCAAUUAAACUCCUGGGCUUUGAGGGUCAGGCAGGCCGCAUAUUUAAGUGGCCAUGAGACUUCCGCUCUUCACUUCCAUGUUUGUGAGAUGGGUAUUGACCUAGACCCACCUACCGGGAGGAAGAAUGCUCUUAAAGAAUUUAGCACAGCUCCAGGCACUUAGGAAGCCCUCCACGAGCCCUGUUGCUGCUGGGCUUCCUCCCUGGUCCGGCCUGGGGUACCGGGAUGGAGUGGGGUGGGGGGUGCUGCUGCUGCUGCGGGCUCCAGGGGCUCUGCUGCUUUUCGGGCCUCCUCACCCCACACAGAGGCCAGUUUCUGUCUGCUCCUGGCACCGCCCCGCCCCCCACCCCAAGUCUCCACGCCCAUCUCCCCACCUCCUGGAGGUCCUCUGUCAGGCCAGCCUCAUCAAACCCCUGGAUUUGUGGGGGGCGAGGAGGGUAGGUGCUAAAUCCGGAGGCUGCUUUCUCUGCAGGCCGUCCUGCCCUGCCCCACCUGCUCCCACCCGCCGUGAGAUGAGCGACACUCAAGACUUGGCCACUUUGCCCGAGGUUGCCACCCAGGUGAAGCUGGGGGGCUGGAGCCGUCCAGGUGGGGGGAGUGGGUCUGUCCAUCAGCGCCCGCACCAGGAGCUCCAGGCCUUUCUCAACCUGCUGGAGCACAGCUUCCUCCAGGAAUUCCUAUCCAAAGAUCCCUGUUUCCAGAUUUCAGAUAAGUACCUUCUGGCCAUGGUGCUGGUCUACUUCCGGCGCGCCAACCUGAAGCUUCACGAGUACACCCACAGCAACCUGUUCCUGGCUCUGUUUCUCGCCAAUGACAUGGAGGAGGACGUGGAGGACCCCAAAUGCGUGAUUUUUCUGUGGGCCCUGGGAAAAGACUGGCAUCUCCGGGUGGCGGAUUUCCUGCAUCAAAGGGAUAAGCUGUGGGCCCGGAUGGGCUUCCGGGCCAUGGUGAGCCGCGAGAUCUGUGAGGAGGUCAUGGCCAAGGAGCCGUCCCACUGGGCCUGGACUCGAGAGCGGCACCCCCAGCACGGUGGGGCUCAGAGGGGUCCAAAGGCCCAGGUCCUCCUUCCUGGGCCCCCCAGCCCCUCGCCACCUCCCUGUUCCCUCCAUGGCCAGCCCCCUUCCCACAGCCAGUGCUGCCACCAGCCCCACCCGGUGCCUGUCUUAUCCAAGUGCCCUUCCCCAAACCCUGAGUGGCAUUGCCCUCCCCUCCAAGCUUGCCUCUCAGUGGCUGAAGACCCCUUGGCGGGCGGCUUCCUCAUCAUCCCGCCCCCCCAACUGCAGCUGGAGCCGGGCACCUACACUCUCCACAUCCUCCCGAAGCCUCCACCGUGCCCUGGGUGCUGACACUCGCUGGGUGAAGAGUAGCCCACCUGCUCGCCCGCUGACCCAAGGCCCACUAGCUGUGGGCCCCCCACCCCAGCCUUCUGUCCUAUUGACGUCAGGCUGGCUGAGCUGCCCAGGCCCCCCGUCACCUCCUCUCGGAUGUACCCACUCUGACCCCGGCCCCUCUAAUAAACUCGUGUCCAUAGGGCACCGACUGUGCUUA